GACGCCAAAACGAUUGGCUGGCAUUUUUAACUCAUAUCGCUGGUUCAUAUAGGCAGUAUACGUCAACCUGCUGUGUUUCUUAAAUUUCGCAGUGAGAUACGGUGUUCGGAGACAUUACUCUAAUAUGAAGGAAAUCAAGCUAAUUGUUGUCGGUGACGGUGGAGUUGGGAAGAGUUGUCUUCUCAUUGCAUACACUACAGGCUCCUACCCGGCAGGGUACAUCCCCACGGUGUUUGACAACUACGACGCCAACGUCAUGGUUGAUGGUGAAAUUAUACGCUUAGGUCUCUGGGACACAGGCGGGCAGGAGGAUUAUGACCGGCUCCGCCCCUUGUCCUACCCCCAGACCGACGUGUUCCUCGUGUGUUUUGAUAUCAAGAACAGAGACUCCUUCGAGAACAUCCGUGAGAAGUGGUACCCUGAAGUACAGCACCACUGCCCGAACACGCCAAAAGUAAUCGUCGGCUGCAAGACAGAUUUGCGUCGAGGAGACGGGGAUAAGACCACGGUAGCAUUCAACGAAGGCGCAGCAUUGGCUGCGUCACUUGGAAUGACGUAUUUUGAAACAAGUUCUCUGGCCUUUACAGGAGUGAAGCAAUGUUUUGAGGGAGCCAUCAAAUUAGGAUUGAAUAAGCCUUCGGUACCGAAGACGUUCAACAUCUUUGGAAGAUUCAAGAAACCUAUGCCUCUGCCCCCGGUGAUGCCUCCUGCAGGCCGGGCCCCGUGGACGGAGAUAGAGACGUCCAAGUUUGCUGAACACUGGUACCAACUCCUGGAGGACCCAAAGUUCUCGGACGUCACCUUCCUCCUGGGGGACAGGCAUCAACUGGACGCCCACAAGCUCCUGUUGUCCUCAGCCUCAAAGUUCUUCGCCCAAAUCCUGCAGCUGCCAUUUACUAAAAAGACCAACCAGCUGACUAAGAUCAAGGAAACGGAGACCAUGAGCCGGGAGGACCUCAACUCUGGCAAGGUGGAGGGCAUCACCUUUGUGUCCGACACAGACUGCAAGACAAAGCCAGGUCACGUGACUAUUCAGCUCAGCGCUGACAUCACUGCCGCCACAUUCACACACGUGCUGGAGUUCCUCUAUACGGGAACUCCCCGACUGCCGGAUGACGUCAGUGAACAAUGUCUUCAAGACCUCAUCAGGGUGGCCAAGAUCUUCCGACUUCCCCAGCUGGUGACGAUUUGCCACAACGUGCUGAACAAAGAAGAGGUCCUCAACCCCAGCAUCGGCACCUUCCUCAACGACGAGACUGCGGCCAAGGUGAAGGAACUGUACUUCAACAAGCCAGAGGAAGCUGAUGUCGUUUUCGACAUUGGAGGGAUCGAGGUGUACGCUCACAAGGUUGUCCUCGUGUCUCGAUGUGAUGUCAUGGCCGCCAUGUUUGGAGGUGCUUUCAUGGAGGCUUUUCAGUCGGGAAUGUGCAAGCUAAAGAUUCAAAACACAAGCUGUGAGUGUUUCCUCGCGUUAUUGGAGUAUCUCUACACGGACCACGCCCCGAUUGAAGGUGGUGAUGCGGUCGGGAUAUUAGUCCUGGCGGAUGAAUACUGUCAACCUCGCCUUUUGAACCUGUGUGAGUUGUACAUCACCAAGGAAGUUGACCGGAGCUGUACCAAGAACAUCGAGAAGUCCGACAUUGACGUCAUCGGACUCCUGCUGACAGCACAGCGCCACAACGCUGCGCAGCUGUCCAAAUGGUGCCUGCACUUCAUCUCGUCCAACUACAUAGCGUUCUCCAAGAGGCCAGAGUUCAUCAUGUUGAAAGGCGACAACGAGGUGUACGUGGAGGAGAACCGAUGGCCGCCGGUGGCCUACAUCAUCGAGGUGGAGGAGUAUGAGAAGAAGGUGACCGAUCUUGGAGGAACAUGUUCAGUCAUGUGAAACAGUUUUACAAUCGGAUUCUUGCAUGAUAAAAAGCUGAUGCUAUUCGUGUGCAUAACAUUUUCAAGGGAAAACCGGUAUCCAAGGGAAGCGUUGGUAGGGCUCGGAUAGGAAUUGGUACACACGAACAACGUGCCUUAUUCGGGUGUAACUGUGACGGAGGCGUCCCAAAACCUUCCUUGGUGGUCAUCUUCCCGAGGCAAGGGAGUUUUCACCCUUGCCGAACUAGGCUGGAAUUAUGGAGUUAUAUUUUGGAGGGACUAACGAGUCUAUGGAUAGUCCAAUCAAAAUCGAAUCGACAUCCGGUUCGAUUACAGGUUUUGCUAAACAUGUGUACCGUCAAUUAAGCGUAAACAUAUAUUUUCCAAAUCUCUUCAUUUUCUUAAUCAAGGUUCCCACGUGAUUUGAUGCACUUCUCGAAGUAAGAACCGUUUAAUUACAAUAUAGAUCUUGAUUAUCGAUCAGAUCGUCUUGAUUGGGCACCACCAUUUUGUUUGAAGCAAAUGCAAGUGACAUUAGAGGUGGAAUCACAUUGGUCAAUAGGAGGGCCAAAGAAGGGACAUUACCCUUAAUAGUCACUGGGGACGCUGCAAUCGAGUCCAGAAAUUCCAGCUUAGUUCGGCAAGGGUAGAAACUUGACUUUUACAGUCAGUGAACUACCUUGCCUCGAGAAGAGGUGGUGGUAUGCUUAAUGUUUUCUUGACAUGUUGACACAUGGCGUUCUGAACAUGACUGUAUGAUGACGUGUUGAUUGCCCCUCUGCUAAUGUGUCCUCGCAUUUCUCAACAACAAGAAGCACAUCAGAACUAUUAACAAAAAAAUGAAUGCUGAUAUAUUUAUGAGUUGUACUUUCAAGAGGUGAGCCUUCCUGAGCCUUUUGUUGCCACGCUGUGGUACGCUGUGAUAUGUUUGACUGGCGAACAUUUACUCAUUCUAUUGUAUCUGGGUACCGUUUCACAAAGCAGUCGUAAGUCAACGGUAGACAACUCUAGUGCGGAUUUUCCUACCUCACAAAGGGAAAGAGCUCCAGUCGUAUUUUUUUACGUGCGUGUAAGUUGGCCGAGGUUACGCCAGUUUUAGUGUAGCUUUGUGAAACAGUCUUAGACUAUGGCGUAAACAUUGCGCAAAUAUAGCGUAAAAUUUACGAGCGCGUAAAUUUACGACUGCUUUGUGAAACGGUACCCUGGUCAAUAAUUCCAUAUUGCAAUAUUCAUUUUAGUAUUUAUGUGUUUAUGUGCUGCGUGAGUAUAUGCGAUGUGUGUCGCCUUGAGUGUAAGUGCUGUUUGAGUAUAUAUGUCGUGUGUCAGUGUGUAUGUGUGAGUUUACGUAGUGUGUAUGUGUGAGUGUUUGUGAUGUUUGAGUGUAUAUCGUUUGUCAGUGUGU